GUGGUGGUGGUGGUGGGUCAGCGAAAAAUGCGAUAGGAACGGCGGGAAUACGAUCGCGCUCCCCCUUCUCUCGCUCUCUCGCUCCUAUCCCAUUCUCCCUUAAAGGCGAACGACGAGGACGAAGAGGAAAAAGGGGCUUUAUCGGCCGAUGAGAGAGCACCAUGUGCUCGAUCGCGCCGGCCUGGCGACGGAGAGCCGCCGUCCUCGGCACAAUGCUACUGCUGUCGUGGGCGGCGGGCGCAGCGGAGGGCUGUCCGAGCAUGUGCGCGUGUAAAUGGAAAGGUGGCAAGGAGUGGGUGGAGUGCGCAAACCGCGGUCUCAAGGGGCUACCGCAGGGCGCCCGGGAGGAAACGCAGGUGCUCGACCUAUCGGACAAUCAUCUGGUCAGCCUGCCACCGGAGUGCUUCCACGCCCUCGGCCUGAUCAAUCUCCAGCGACUCUAUCUCGGCAGGUCUCACAUCAGUCGGAUCGCCGCGGAGGCGUUCGUCGGACUGGUCGGUCUGGUGGAGCUGGAUCUAUCCGAGAAUCUGAUCGAGGAAGUGCCCACGGACACGUUCGCGUCCUAUCCGAGCCUGAUGAGGCUCAUACUGAACGGUAACCCAAUCAGGGAAAUUCGCCAAGGCGCCUUCCGCCGGCUCAUGCAACUGACCAAUCUGGAGAUUAGCAGCUGCAUGGUGGAGGUCGUCGAGCAGGACGCUUUCGAAGGCCUGCAAUCAUUGGAAUGGCUCCGGCUAGAUGGCAAUAGACUCGCUCACGUGCCUGAUCACACUCUGCCCUUGGGGGGCAAUCUCCGGGGACUGACCCUGCACAACAAUCCUUGGCAAUGCGAUUGCCGGCUCAGAAUUAUGCAAGCUUGGUUGAAGGAGUCGGCACCGGCGGCUCCGCAGGAAUCCGAGCCCGUCUGCGACUCGCCGGCAAGGCUGCGCAGCCGACAGAUCAAGACACUCAAGAUCAACGAGCUGGCUUGCCUACCGCACAUCAAUCUUCAAGAUCAUCUGGAGAUCUACGAGGGUGGAAACGUUACUUUACGCUGCGACGUACACGCGAUACCAACCGCCAAGGUGACCUGGUGGUUCAACGGAGAACCGUGCGAGCUGCAGCACGAGAACGACUCCAUGGCGAACGGCGUUUCCGCUUUUCCGAGAUGCGUCUAUCGAGAACGAGGCGGGACCAAUAUGAGCAGCAUGUUAUAUCUUUACUCGGUCGAGUCGUUCAACGAGGGUACCUACAGCUGCAUCGCGGAGAAUAGCGCAGGUUCCGCGGAGGCGAAUCUCUCCCUCCGGGUGCUCUUCCGCGAGAAGCCUACCGCGGAGCCGCCCUUUGACAAUCCCGGAUCCGGUUAUGUCGCUGCGAUAGCAGCCGGCGCGUUAGUAGGCACUCUGUUCGCCCUCGGUUGCCUCGUGGGCAGCGUGAUAUAUUGUGCGAGGAAGCGCCGUCGCGAUCGCAAGCGAAACUCCAAGGCUCUGGUGACGCAGAGCAAGUCAGUGUUGCCGAUCACCAAGGACACUACUAGCGGAGUUUCCUGCCGCAAGGGCAAUGGCAGUCUGAUCGGCCUAGAGCAUCAGCAGAUGGUCUCCUACACCGAGCGCGAGAUGAAUCGAGCAGCCACCCUCGAGCGCCGCGAACUCUCCAGGAAUAAUCUAGACAGAGACGCCUAUGUAGCCAGUCCGGUCGCCAAGUAUCUGACUGAGCCGGAUCUGAUCAAUGAAGUGCCUGAGAGCACCGAGGUGGGCUACGGUCAGCUCUACGGACGGCAUCAUCAGCGCGCUGGUGCCGGCGACCGGCAGAUUCUGGAAUACGACUCGGGCUAUCCGUUGCAGCCCGACCUGAGACCCCCGACGGUCCUGCCGCAGGUGAGCUACCUCGACCAGGACGGCUACCCCUUGAACUUUGGCUUGCCCAAGAUUUCCUUCAGCACUGCCAGCACCUUGCCGAGGCUCCGGCAAAGAAUGUCAGAGGGCUCAGCGGCUGCGCCUCCGGCCAGGUAUUCCCGGGAAGCGGAGUUUCUGGCGAGGUCACCAGGAUAUGAUCCCGUGCUGCCGAGGACCGACGCCAGGUACACCAUCGAGGGCUACCCGUACCCGAUGCAUCAACAUCAGCAUCAGCUUCAGCAGCAGCAGCAGCAGCAGCAGCAUCAACAGCAGCAUCAACAGCAGCAUCAACAGCAGCAUCAACAGCAACCACCGCAACAACAACAAACGAUCCAACCGGUGGAGCAACCGAUUCAACAGCAACUGCCGGUGUCGCCGGUCUCACCGGUCGCCGUCUUCCCGGAGGUACCUUUUAUACCGUCACCGCCAGCAGCUUACAGAGGCGAGACCACACCGUUGUCUCCGAGAUCCCUACUUGGCAAAACUGCGCGCGAGGCCGCGGCUGCGGCCGCCGCGCGCGCGGAAGAGUUGCAACCACCGAAUCACCCGGAAAGUCCCGACGAAGGCUACGUGGGAGACGCUAUGGACGUAUGAAAGAGCCGUGACGGCGGGGAAAAUAACCGGGUCUGAAGAGCGUAUGGACAAUGUUCUGUGCGGUGCAUAGGAUCGGAACUUUUGACGUAUCGUUCAAGUUUCGCGAGUCUAGUCGGUUUCAAUUUCUCCGCGAUUCUACCUCGAAGAGAAAAAGAUGAGGAAAGAGACAGAGAGAGAGAGAGAGAGAGAGAGAGAGAAAGAGAAAGAAAGAGAGAAAUUUCUAGGACCGAUAAAACCCCGUGAAAAGUGUACUGCCAUAGUUUAAGUUUUCCAGAGAUGAUGGACUUGGUUUUUCAACGAUCGUGCACUAAUCUUCUUUGAAGCGCUCAUCGCUCAUUUACUCGACUUGCCCGCUUCUAUCUUGGAGAGACCAAAAUAAUCCAUACGUGUCGCACAAAUAUCUUCGAAGCAAUUUAACCUCAUUUCAAAUGUAAAAAAAAAAAAAACAGAAGAAAAGAAAAUUCACUCGGGAAAUGAAACACUCAAUGUACUCGUGUGCAAACUUUGAUACGCGUUCUCGGCGAAACGAAACACCGCAACUCUCGUGAAAAGGAAACCCAUUCCUUUAACGUGACACACCGUCGCGACAAGGAUAAAUAAAUGCGCCCACGCAUUUACGUAGGAACGUUUGAUUUUUACGAUCUCUUUUACACGCGUCAGACGUCAAGUGCGACGACCUUAACGAAGCUACGGACGACCCGAAUUACCACCCACAGGAGGGAAUCUGUCCCCGUCACGCUACCAGAUUAAUUCGCGGAGGAUAACAGGGUCCAGGAUGUGAUUGGCGGAACAGAACCGCCCGAGACGGGCGCGAACAAAGGACUCGUUCUGACGGUGGAGACGUAAUAGAUUAAUCAGAAGGCAUGUCUCGAAUGUCUCUCUCGCUGCGGUGUACAGGCCGCGAAGUCGGAAUCACGAAGGAGGACGAACGACGCAGGUGUGCUCGCUAAGGAGGACGCGGGGCGUUCCGCGGCUCACAGCAUUCGGGGGAAAUCGACUCGGAAAAAUUUACGCGCGCGGAUCGCGUUUAAAUGCGCCGAGUGCUUUUUCGGACAUCAAAAUGGCGACCGGAUUUAUUUAAACGGCGUGUCGCGCCCGUGAAAUACGACGACGUUCCUUGGACCCGCUCCAAGGAGAAACGUUCGGUCGCGCUGAAAAGGAACCAAGAUGGCGUGACUGAUCCUUAAAGUGAUAGAUAAAUGUUUGGCGGACUCGAUCGAGUGAAACGCGUCUCAGGGAUCCCGAGAAGGCGCGCUUUCAGGCGUCGCGAACAAGGACGUGACUGGUGCUCAAAACGGCUCCUCCGGCAGGAUCCGUUGAGAAAAUGUGAAAUUUAUUAAAUUUAAUUUAAUCGUUCGUGUUGACUCGGGGAGUUUUGACGCGCGGCUGCGAUGAAUCGGUAAUUGCAGGACGAGCGAAUCGGGAAAAGGGAAGGUGUAAUUAAAGGAGACUAUCCUCCGGAAUUCUAAAUGUUACGGAGAUUUGCAUUAUGAUUUCACGGUCUUCUUUCUCAUAAGCACGAUCUUCGUGUCCAAUUUUGGGAAUAAUUUCGGAAAAUUUCGUGCGAAUUAUUACGUCGCGCAGGUGUAAAAUUGAUCCCAUUAUUCUUUGAGCGUGUAACAUAAUGGGAGUGACGCUCGAGUCGCUCUCGACGGAUUACUUCGCUACUGUUUAGGGUUGACGACGGCGUUGAAAAUGAUGUUACAUUCCCCUUGACACCGCGUAUACGCGUCACGGGCCGCUCUCGUGACCUGGAAAUCUGCUCAAGCCAUUCGCGCUCACCCACCGACUGCACACUUUAUUUUAGGCUCACGGGAAUAUCGUUGACUUCUCGAUCGAGGAAUCCCUCGAUUCCGGGCGUCUCGGAGACGGAGACGCAGUCUGGUGUAGGCGAUUCUGCUGUAGUGAUAAUAAUGUUAACUCGGUGUUUAAGACUGGCGAACUGUGCGAGAUUAGGAGGCCCGCGGUGGCGCUCGACCUGAUGUACAGAGACCGUUGAAGACGCGUACGGGGUGUUCUGAAAACAGCGUACACGGCGACGGAUGGAGUCGGCGAAGGAUAUUGCGCAAACUUACCUCGGGGAAGCAUUAAUUAAUCUCGGGGAAAUUAUUUUAGGAGAUUAAGAUUUUGUGAAACUUGAAAUUAAGAGAUCCUGCGCGUUUCUUCGAGGCUCCUCCCGGGGGCCUAGGAGAGCUCCUCGCGAUCUAAAUUGGCUUCCUUUUAUCGUUUCAUCGUGAUCGAUGCCCGAGUUCUAUCUUCGCUGAAGAAUACUUCGCGGCUUGAUUCGGCAUCUCCUGGAAACUGUGUGCGCCUUUUCCGGAUUACCUCGUACAGUUGUAUACAUAUGCGUAUAUAUAAAUAUAUAAAUAAAUAUAUAUAUAUAUACACACAACACACACGAGGACACAACACGCAGAUAGAUAUAUACAUAAUAUAUGGCGCGACUAAAAUAACUAAGGGACACACAAGAACCUGCGAAAGUAGUUAUUUUUUAAAGGUGUCUUUUCGAGUCCGCGAUUCGAGCUGGCUUCGCCCUCUCGAGUGAUUGAUGGAUCGGUAGACGUAGAGAAUGGAGUGGCGGUCGAUUGAAUUUUGCUCUCGCGGUGCGAGAAAGCGUCGUUGUUUCGGCGACACCUCGUAUAAAUGGCGGCCGCGCGAAACGAGCCGAUGGGCUGAUGGCGGCGAAUUAUCAUAAGAGUGUAAGAUGGUGGUGCGGAUGUGACGGAAAAAUGCGCCUUGCCCGAGAAGGCCGGCCUGGAAGAGCUUUUCGUCGCGUUACUCGGCAACGAGGAAACUGGUUUCCUUUCCGUCGCUGUAAUCACGACGCGAUUCACGGAUGAACAGUGUUUGCCUUCCAGUCUGCCGACUCGCGAGAGGAUAUAGCGCCCCGCCGUGUCCUUUAAGCUCUCGCCGUCGAGAUAACUCGAAAUACAUCCUCGAGUUUCGCAUAUAACAAUAUUUCAUCUCGCUCCGGGACAACUAAUUUACUUACAUUUCGAGAAAUUUCAGGUGAAACGAGAAUGUUUCGUCGGACGGAAGAGAAAAGAUGGAGUACCUCUCCUCAGCCCCCCUUGAUAUAUACCGCGACGAUAUCGAAAUUAGAACUGUACUGUGCGAGCCAGUUAAAAUCGACCGUUGUUAAAUUGAAUUUGCUAUCGAGCAAUUUUCCGACAAAUUAAUAAAAUGAAAUUUGAGAGAGAACGAGAGUGUGGGAGUUCAAAUAACAUGUCGAAAUUAAAAUCGUUAUUUUUAAAUGGUGAAAUACAAACGCAUUUAUGUUUUUCGAAAGUGAGGGUAACCGGAACAUUUUAUCGAAUAUUCGCGAAUAACAACAGAGGCGCGCUUAAAUUUAAUUUGUCGCGCGGUAUCUUUGCGUUUGCUGACUUUCGAAAUUGUCUAUAUAUCGAAUUUCAGGGGCGAAUGCGAUUUCGCGCAGUGACGAAAUUCCGCAAAAGGAGGAGUUGCGCGCGCUCGCCGUUUCAUUUAAUUAGAACUUUUUAAACGAGCUUGCUAACGAGAAUAACUUCAACGCGCGUGGUCAAUUUUGCGAAUUUCAAUUCAUCUGCUGUGAAUGCGCAGGCCAUUAGGCUCGUGUUUUCGCCAAAAAUGUGGCGACUCCGUUAAACCGUCACGACACGUUUAAUCGAAUUCGCGUCCGCCGGAAAAUCGUCGGGCUUCCCGUCGCACGUUUUGAAAUAAGGGGAAUUCUUACAUCGCGGUCUAUACUUUCUAAAUUUCUUCGCGUUUAUCCGCAACUCGGGCGAAGCAAGGGAAGAUAUUAAACGUCAGCCAGACAUUUAAACGUGUCAUUUCAAGCGUCGAGAAACGUUUCGGAAAUUAAGUAAUUAGAGAACGCUCACCGUUACAUUUAAUCGCAAUUUCCUUAAAGAAUCCUCUUCCUAAAGAGCUUCCUUAAAGGGUCCCGCCUGUGGUUUAAAUAAAUAACAUCGUUAAAUCGAGUUAAAUUCCGCGGCAAAAUUUAAUGCAUUUCCACGAGGGUAGCUCUCUGAAGAUAAUUAUUUGACACAUUAGAGAAAUUAGAAUCAAUUGGAUUUACGCUUCGAGAUAUUUCGUUAGAAGGUUGAUUUUUUUACACUAUUUUUCACAUAGGCGAGAAUUUUUUAUAGACCUCUCUAAUUGCUUCAUGCAUAUUUAUUCGCCUAGAUUAAAAUUUGACGGAAGAAAAAUAAAAACCCGACACGCUCAAAACAAAAUUUCCCUCUGUCCCCCUUUACUCUUUCUUUUUCUCGCUCUCUUUCUUCUUCUUUCUCUCUCUCUCUCUCUCUCUCUCUCUCUCUCUCUCUUUCUUUCUCUUUCUCUCUUUUCUCUCUCUUUCUUUCUCUACCCUUUUCUCCCGUUACACCUCCCCAUUUCUCUUACACUCUCUCUUUCUCGCAAAAAAAGUAGACCAGCUUGAGUUUUUUUCGUUUCGUUCUUUCGCGAAAUGCCUUUUUCCCCUUGAUGGAUAAAAAUUUAUCAUCAAUCUGCCACUUCCUUUCGCACGUAUUUUGUUUUACCGAAUUGAGAGAAUCCCAGCGGUUAAACGCGAAAACAAGAAAAACAAUGGUGAAGUUUAACGACCUUGCUGCCAGGCGAAAUUGCAUUCGCUCGUUUGCUCCUCGUCCAAGUUUAACGCAUUCCUCACUCCCCUUUUCCGCCGAUCUCUUCCCGAGCCAAAAUUUUGGCUUUCUACAUUAAACCUGCAAACUGCGUUGAAUUUGAAGAAGCACAAUGGAUUAUCUCAAAGUAUAACACAGUACACGCUGUUAUCCUUUGAUGCUUCUACGCUCGAUGGUUAUUUACUGCCGCACGAAACUGUUAAGUCUCUCAGAUAUUCAAUCACUAAGAAUUGAAUUUCGCAGCCAAUAAAAGCCGCGAAUGGAUGUUGAUAGCGAAUAACAAUUUUUUGCGUCGAAAUAAUAAUGUCGACGAUGUAUUGUUUGCGCUGAGAUACUUUCUCAAUUUUAAACGUACGUAAAGCAUUAGCCGCCUCCCAAUCGAACUUCAUAUUCCGCUGAUAUUAUAUUCAAAUUCCCUCCUCAAUAUUGAAGCUUAAUAAAGAAUUUACUAAAAGCUUUUAGAAUAGCUUUAGGUUCUGUUUAUAUGCAAAUAGAUGUUUGGAAGAAUAUUUAAUAUUUAAUUAUCUUGUCUGCAUUUAAUAUUUAAUUAUCUUUGUUUAAUAUUUAAUUAUCUUGUCUGCAUUUAAUUCUUAAAGUUCUUCAUUUAAAAAAAAUCAAAGAAUAAAUAACAGGCUCUCCGAUAUACAAUCAUGAAAAAAAUUAAGCCUAUUAGGGUCAAUUCAGAGGGUGCUGUGAGCAAUUUAAUUUGUUCAAUACAAAACGAAAAUUCAGUUUCAUAGCAGUGAGCAAUUUAAUUUAAUCUCUACUUGAUCCAUAUAAAACCAAAUUUUAGUUUUAUAUUGGCUUAUAGACUUUAUUUUUCAUUCCAAUAAACAAUAUAUUGUCUCCACUGUAGAUAGAGUAUGUAUGAUAAACAAAGAUUAAAUUAAUAUGACUAUUAAAUUGAUAUGGAUAAGUGACAGGACUAACGAGUAAUAGAAUUAACGCGUUGUCUUUUUAUAAUUUGUAUAUUAAUAUGUUUUAUUGGCAUAGAGAGAGCAGUGGAAUUUAAAGAUUCAAAAGAGGUGGAGAAGUUGUGAAGGUAAAGAUAACAUACUUGUGUGUUCAAAAAUACAAAGAGAAAUUUUACAUUUGUGGAUUCAGUAUAAUAACGAGACUAAAAAAUAAAGAUAAAGGGGAUCCUAUCUACGCCUUCUUUUCACUUCUGUUUGUUAUUAUUAUUACACCGAAUACAAAUUUAUAUAUUUAUUUAAUGUCUAAAAUUAUUGGAUAUGAAACUGCCAUUUUUGUCCUCGCAACUUUCUCCUCAACCCUUUUGAAUUUUGAAUUUUCAAUGCUAAUAAGAAAAGAGAUUAUAAAAAGAGAAUAUUUGUUGUUUUAUAUUUGUUUAUUAAUCAUACUUACUCAUUAUUAGAUUACUUAACAUUUGCUUAUUGAAAUCGAAAAUGAAGAUUAAUUGAGAUAAAUCGAAUAUUAAAAACUUUUUAAAUAAAAUUUUUUCCAACAUGGAGGACACUAUGCAGCAAGUAGUCAUUUGUAACGUCAGAAGUCAACUAGGACAAAUAAGCUUUCCAUUUUUUUUCAAAAUCGAUGCAACUUGUAGGAUUAAUGUAAAACCAAAUCUUACUUUUUAUUUAGCUUGUGCACUAAAUAUAAUCUUCGUGUCUGUAAAGUUAUCGAAAACGAUUUAUGUUUUUUAUAAUAAUGUAUUGAAAAGUUCUUAUUCGUCCUCGAAAAUUAAGAAUUCCUAAAAUUCGUGAAUGAAUAUAAACACACAUAUCAUGUUUCUAUUUUUAAAAUAUAUUUUAAAAAUAUUUUGUCGUGUUCCAUUUUACGUUAUAUGUAUUUUAUACAAAAUCUAUUCACAGAAAGGAGAAAAGAAGGAGAAAGAAGGAGAAAAAAGAGACACAGGCAUAACAAUUUCUAUAAAUUCUUCCAUUUCGUACAAUUUUCAGUCGUUUUAAGUUUGUUUCAUUUUAGUGACUUUCAGUAUUUUCGGAGUGAAUUGGAAUAUUUCGGAAACAAAGUUCCGCUCUGAUAAAUCGGGCGAAUUAAAUUUCGCAAGGAAAUCAUACGCGCAGAAUUUCGUCGUAUAAAGGCUUAGCGUCCCGAGAUCGGUCGUGAAUAUUAAUCAGCUUUCCUCGCGUAGACUCGCGUAGUGAAACAUUCACGCCGAGGAAAAUCUCGCGAGCAAAGGGGCCCGCCCUAUUAACUUCCCUCGUAUUCACAACGCGCCGCUACGAUGCUUUCCGGUAAAUGUAAUCACACGUCGAUGCAUUAAUCAGCCGUCCGACGAAACUCCCGGUAACUCCGCCAGCGUCAGAUACGUACGUCAGUUGGAAAUUAAAGGUAACGACGGCGACGGAACAAGCAGACGGCAGGUUUCCCGGUUUAGGGGCAAAAUAUUCCUUCUCAACGGAGAUCAGGAAUCGCCAUAUUGAGUCGUUACUUUUAGACACUCGAACGUGUUACAUCAAAACCCCAAACAACAUAACGUCUAAAAUCGGAACAUAAUACGUCUUAAAGAUCAUCUUUAAGACGCCUUAAAGACAUUUAUAAGUAAAUUGUCUGAAAGACAUCUUAAAGAUGAUCUUUAAGACAUCUUUUGUCUCGAUUUUAGACAUUACGUUGUCUGGGAUCCUACAGGUUUUGAGCAAAAAUGGAAAAAAAAGUUUUAUGAAGAAACAAAAUCCGAUUUAGUAUAUUCACUUACACAUGGGGUGUCUUGAAACUACCGAAAAACGUUUCACGAUAUACUGGACUUUAUGAACUCUCACUUUAUGAGGUCGAUUACGAAGAUACGUGUGCUGUGUGUGUGUGCGUGUCUGCGCAUGAGUACGUCUGCGCGUACAUGCGUGCGUAUAUGUAUGUGUGUGUGUCGGCAAGAUAGUGAAAAACGAGAGAAAGAGUGAGAGAGGAAGUAAAGAGAAGGAUAACAUUAAGUAUACACGAGAAAAUGAGGGCCGAAGCCACACUCGAAUCGAUCUCCUUCGAAACCACCCUUCCUGCCAACAUCACCUUUCCCACCUCCUCUUCUCCUACCACCUUCCUUUUCUCGACCGUAAAACUCCGGCGGAGAGUUACGGCUCUCAGGCGCUCGCAGACACAAUCUUGCAUACACGGACAGGCGCAUACACGCUCGUUCACGUAUACUUAAACACGCGUACAUAUACAUACAUACCAGUAAAUACAUACAUACACCCACACAGACAGUUUCAAGUACACACGAUGUUCCGAACGAUUGAGCAAUAUGAUUUGUAUUACCGUGUAUAACGUAAUGUAUUCGAUUCUGCACAUGUCGUAUGUACUUUGGAUGUAGCGAGGGAUUUUUCACGACUGAUAUGAGAUUAAAGGAAUAAAGAUAGCUUUUGUAUUAAA